GAGAAGAGGAAAGAGCAUAAAAAGGAUCGUGAGUCUGACCACAAGUCUUCUCCCUAUCUUUGCCGGUUUCUCUCCAACGCAUGGAAAAGUGUUUCUCUGGAUUUGGUUUCCUUCAAUUUCUCGAAUCUUCUUUCUCCGAUUCCACCUGUGAUUUGGUUAAGAUGACAAUCUCUGAUUCCGAAUCAAUGGGUUGUGACUUUUUGUGCACUCUCGAGGAAGAGAGACGUAUUGUGACGGAGCUGAUGAGCGAAGCGGAGCUAAAUGUUUUCAUAGCCGGGUUAAUUCCCUAUAAUCCUUCCUUCUUAACAACAGAGAUGCUCUGACACAAUCUUAACCACGCUAAUCUUUGAUUUUGAUGGAUUUUGCAAUCUCAGAAUUUUAAAAGCUUAUUUGCACAUUGUUAUAAGCAAUCACUGAUUUAUUCUUUGGUAACACCAAAUUAAAGCUCGCAAGUGUAACAACGUGAAGGAUGUUGUGUAUGGGUCGUGGGCAUUACAAGGUUAUGUAUGAUGUCUUAAUAUUCUUAUACUUUUACAACUGGUGUUUUUCUCAUCACCCAAAAGCUAAUUGUAAUCUCCAUGGCAAUGGAAUGGAAUCUCCAGCUGUUUCUUUUAUUUGUUAAUCAAUAAUGCAGGUCUCUGCAAAUUUCUUACAUCUUUGUAUUUUGUCUCUACUACUUAGCAACUCGAGAGUUACUAAUAUUUGUAUUUUGCUAAGAUUAUGCCAAAAAAAAAAAAAAAAUCAUAUCUUGCUAAGAUUGAACAUGUUUGUGUCAAGAAACUCUGCUGAGCAACAAUGUCUCUGCUGUUAGAUAUUUUGUGACAACUUUGCAGGUUUCAGACCCAAGAUUCCUUUUACAACAUUUCAAAGGUUUCAGACAGCUUCCCUUCUCUCUCUGUUACCCAUCAGUUCAUGUUUAACCAUAGUCAAGAAACUUCUGCAGUUACCCAUCGGUUCUACUGAAAUAUAGUAUCCAAACCAGCUUGCAGCUUAGGAGAACGGAAACGAAUAUACUGUAACUUUGGACACUUAAAGUAGAAGUAGUGGCACGCCACACAUCCAUUAUUAUAAUAAAGCUUAGGACCAUCAUGAUUCGUGCGGAGUCAAAUGACCAGCGGAUUUCAUUUGAAAGUGAUCUCGGCCAAUCAGAUAAAGCACCUCCUCUGAUGGAACAACAACAACAACAACCAUCAGGAGGCCUAAUUUGGAGAGACACAACACUUUUAGAUUCAUCAAAUCAAGAUUUCGAGUUCCACAUUUCCAGAACCUUUGAUCCUUCACCAGCUGAUGAGAUCUUGGCUGACGGGAUGAUCCUUCCUUUCCAAGUAACUACUGCAUCCGUCAUGCCAAAAGGUCUUUACAAGUACCAGUGAUGAAUUCGAAGAGAGCAAUGCUUAGGGACGUUGAUAAGCAUAGCUCGCAGAGACGUGGUGGAGCCCCACGUCCAGAAGCAGAUCCGUAGGUUGGGUGUCUCAUAUUUUCAAGAGCUGAAAACACUGAACAAUGCAGAGAAGAUGACCCAAAGUUCAUUUUCCAUGGCAGGUGCUUCAAUUCUCUGUGUUCUAUAGGUUCUUAGAUCACUAACAUCUGCAAUUGAUGAUAGCAGUAUUGGAUUCAAAAAGAAAACAUAACAUGAGAGGAACAAAUUAUUAUGCAGCUACAUUUCUGUCCACUGUAAACCUCGGUGAUCAUGCCAUAGGGGUCUCUCUUCCGUCCCCUCUUUUCCAUGGAACUCAGAGCUUUAUUACCGUUUAUUGAGGCUUUCUUUGUUCUGUCAGACAAUGUAAUCUCUGCCAAUAUUACAGAAGUUUGUUUGAUUUCAAACUGGUACUUUUAAGCUUCAAUCAUGGUAUUGUAACAGAUUGAAUGCAUGAUAGUCUAUGUGUACGUUACUAAGA